AUGUCUUCCUCGCACCCAGAUACACAGGUGUUGCGACCAUACUAUGAUCAUGAUACGUUCAAUGCGGGAUAUUCUGUGAUUUAUAAAAAAGGUGUUGGUAUAAUAGACCCCAAAACCAACAGACCUGUGACAUCCAACAUUUCUGAGAAGUUGAUUAAUCAAUCACUAAAUGAGAAUCAAGGGAUCAUCCGAAAUCUGUUCAAACAUGGAGGACCAGUGGGGAUCAAUGCCACUAGUGAUAAGAAUUAUGUUUACGAUUUAGAAUUCAAUGAAUAUUUUGAAUCAAACAAUUUGAUUGAGGUAUUUAAAAAUCUAUUAUGGAAUUUUGUUAGAAGUUAUAUAAAGGUGUUAUUGACUCAACCUCUAGAGAUUGUGCGGUUAGUUUUACAGGUUGGGAAAUUCAAUUUCAGUGAAACUGUUUCCAAAACCACCAAGAAAUUAGAUUUAUCCAAAUCCAAACGAUUAUUAAGCGAAACUGAAGAUGAUACUGAAGCAACAACAGAACAAGAUGAAGAUGAGUAUCCACGCCCACAGCGUAGCAGCAUUUAUGACAACGUUAGAGAUGAUGAUGAGGAUGAUGAGGAUGAAGAGCCAAUUAAUUACUUUCAAUCACAAAACGAGCAACAGGUUUGGUCAGGCCAUGAAGUAGGUGGGUUUAAUACGACAGCAACACCAAUAAAACAGGAGAAGAAAUCCUAUCGUGACGGUAAAAAGAGAAUUAGAAAUAAUAAAAUUAAACCAAAGUCUUUGCACACUGCUGAUAUUCUUACUGCCAUUAUUAAUAAAGAUGGUCCAUUUGCUGUUUUUAGAGGUAUUAAUGCCUCUUUUAUAUAUCAAACAUUGUCACAUACAAUUGAAGCUUGGAUUACAGGGUUUGCCUCUCCAUUUUUGGGAAUACCUGAUCCGUUUUUCCUUGACUUGACUCAUUCAAAUGAUCCAUUUAAAUCAUUGUGGUUGUCCGUGACAGCUUGUGUGUUGACAGGGAUUGUGUUAAUGCCCUUGGAUUUGAUCAGAGUAAAGUUUAUGAUUACUCAAUUCAAUUCCAAGCCAUUGAAUGAGAAUGAUACUUUGGAAGAAGCAGCAGAAGAAAUUGUUCAGUCAACAAGAUCAGUACGCGAGUCAAUUCGUAAUUUCCCCGUUUACUAUUUGUUACACCCAUCGACACCUAUAGUGUUUUUGACCACAUUACACCAAUUGUCAACGAGCAUAUUUAGAAAGAUGGCUCCUUAUAUUUUGUUUAUCAAAUUUAACAUUGAUUCGUAUUCAUCACCAAACAUCUACACAUUUGUCAAUUUACUUUCCUUGAUUUUGGAAUUCUUCAUCAAGUUACCAGUGGAGAACUUGUUGCGUAAACAGCAAGUUCAAUUUUUGCUCACUCCUAAGAGAGAGGACACUAAGAAAGUAAUUACUAUCGAAGAUCCUAAAAAGAGUUUGAUUGUGGAAUUCAACGAUCUGACUGAAGACAAUCAAGAUUCGACAUUCUGGGAAAGGUUGAAACAAUUGGGAUUAUUCAACGGUUGGAGAAUCGGAGUCUUGAAUGUCAUUGGCUUUUGGGGUUACAACAUUAUUAAGAGUGACGGUUCAGAGUUGAAAGAAGAACGAUUAUAA